AUGGCGGAGGCAUCUGAGAGUCCGAUUGAGUCAGUCAUGGAGAAGAUUAGCGAGAAGUUUCAUCAUCACGAAUCUUCGUCGUCGGAUUCGGAGUCCGAUUCAGAGAAGAAAUCGCAUCCAUCCGAGUCGGUGAAGGCCAAGAUUUGGCGGUUGUUUGGUAGAGAAAAGCCUGUUCAUCAUGCUCUCGGUGGUGGAAAGCCUGCUGAUGUGCUUUUGUGGAGGAACAAGAAGGUUUCAGCUGGUGUACUUGGUUUUGCGACUGCAAUCUGGGUCCUUUUUGAGUUGAUUGAAUACCAUCUGCUUACUCUAGCAUGCCAUAUUUUGAUACUCUCUCUUGCACUCUUGUUUCUGUGGUCUAACGCUCACACUUUUAUCAACAAGAGUCCACCUCGCAUCCCACAAGUUCAUAUUCCAGAGGAACCAGUCCUGCAGGUUGCUUCAGCACUGUGUGUUGAGAUCAACGGUGCAUUUGCGGUCUUGCGCAGUAUUGCAGCAGGAAAAGACUUGAAGAAGUUUCUCAUUGUUAUUGCUGGAUUGUGGGUCAUGUCAAUUGUGGGGAGUUGCUGCCAUUUCUUGACCGUGUUUUAUAUAUGCUUCGUUUUGCUGCACACUGUACCUGUUGUCUAUGAGAAGUACGAGGACAAAGUUGACCCCUUGGCAGAGAAGGCAAUGAUGGAGAUCAAAAAGCAAUAUGCAGUCUUCGAUGCUAAGGUUCUCAGCAAGAUCCCAGUGGCUGCUUUGAAAGCCAAGAGUGUUUAG